UAAAUAAGUAAGUAAAUAAGUAACUAAGUAAGUAAAUAAAUAAGUAAAUAAUUAAGGCAGUAAAUCAAUAAAUAAGUAAGUAAGUGAGUAAAUAAAUAAGUAAACAAACACAUCGUAAUUUAUUUAUAUGUGCAUUGGAAUAUAUUUGUGAAUCGUUCUUCGUGCAUUUGUGAGUCUAAUUUAUUUGUAAAUCCUUCUGUGUGCAUUUGUAAUUCGAAUAUAUUUGUGAAUUGUUCUGUGUGCAUUUGUGAAUCUUUGCGUUUGCAUUUGUGAGUCUCUCUGUGUGCAUUUGCAAUUAUUGGGACUGAUCUGACCCCACAUUACACUGUGUGUACCUGUGUGUGUACAUGUGUGUGUGUGUUUUGGAAUCAUUUGAGUCGAGGCGUUGUGUAACGAAGCGAUUUCCAUGCAGCAGGCUGGUUAAACUUUUACCCGCCUGGUUAAUUAGUCAUUCUUUCAUUGGUGUUAGGAACACACCAUGAUGCAGCUUUCUUUCCCACACAUGUACACACAGUCACCGGACCAACAACAUCAGGCCGGCAGACAUGGCAGAGACGCAAACACUCCUCGUCCUGUUGCUCGUGCUCCUGGAGAAACGGCUGCUGACGCAUUCAAAAGUCCUAUUACCAGAUGCCAACGUCACCUGCAUCAUCCCCGACGACUGCAUCCUGCCCUGCAGCUUCAGGCCCACGGGCACCGUGGUGAUCCACUGGUACAAGCAGCAGAUCCCCGUUCACAGCUACUACUACAACAAGGAUCAAUUUGGACUGCAGAACAAACACUUCAGUGGAAGGACCUGCUUGUUCAACCUGCACAUCCCCCACGGCAACGCCUCGCUGCUCCUCAGGAGGGUCAAGGUUCAAGAUAAGGGCCGCUACAAGUGUUACACCAGCACGCGGAAGGGCAGCCAGGAGAUCUUUAUCAACCUGGAGGUCAAAGCUCUCAUCCAGUCGGUCGUCAUGGAGAUGACUGACGAGCUGGUCACCUGCUCCUCUCACAGCAUCUACCCCGCCCCUCAGGUGACGUGGGCCACGGACCCCCCCUCGGCCCGGGAAGCUCUCGACAACGCAACCCUCAAAACCACGGACCACAAGGGUCUGCUCGCCUUGGAAAGCACGCUGAGGAUUCUGGGUAAUCUCUCCAGCUACACCUACUUCUGCUCUUUCACGGCGGCCGACAAGACCCAGGUGUGGACCGCGUCGCGGAAAAACCAAGAGGUCAUGACCCAGGAGGAGGGUCACGCCCUGUCCAUCCCCUGCAUCGCUCCGCACAGCCUCCAGAACUUCUCCCUCACCUGGACCUUCGCCGUGUCCUCUGAGCCCGCAGUCAUCUUGAGAUAUGAAACCAAAACCAGACUCACCUUUAACCUGUGGGAGGGCCUGGCGGAACUGGACCAGGACUCGCUUCUUCUGGGCAACGGGUCUCUCCUGCUUCACAAGCCGGGCAUCGAGGAGCAGUCCGGGACGUACACGUGCACCCUGUCGGGCCUACAGAGCAGACACGUGGUUCAGACCAGAGUCAACAUCACCGUUGCGUCAAUGAGUGUGGGCGAGCAGAGCGUGCAGAGGUCGUGGUGGAGCACGGCGGCUUCUGCAGCUUUCUUCUUGUUCACCGUCACCGUCGCUCUCCCUCGAUGUGUCCGGAUGAGAGCGAUGGAGGCCAGAAGCGCCUCUCACAGAUUGAACGCAGCCGGUUUCGCUGUAGUCGGCCUUCACAAACAUCUAAACGCCACGGCGUCGUACGUGAUCGGACGCCGUGGGGUCGAGUGCAGCGGGCCGCAGCUCCGGUGGGAAGUGGCGGCGGGCGGCUCGCCGGACGACUCCACCGAGGCUUCCACGAUAGAGCGAGGAGGAAAUCCAGGAGGACCACCCGGGGAGAGAAACGAUGGGCUGCUCUCCAGUAGUUCGGAGAGGGAUGGGCUCGGAAACAUGGACCCCGGGGAUCAUAUGUCAUGAAACUUCAACACAAUAAAAGCAUCUGGCCAUAAAUGAACAACAGGCUCUGUAACACACAGACCCAUCCAGAUCAAAGCAAUUCUCAAAACGUAUACAGAGUAUGUGCAUCUCUUCCCCAUCUCCUGGUACACUGGGAAAAACUGUUCCACGGAAGUGUGUUUUUUUUCCUGCAUAUAAAAUAAAAAUAAAACUU